AUGAUGCACAGCACCGGCGUCGAGGAGAAGCUCCGCGCCUCGGACCUGUCGGCGGUCGAGACGGACUGCUGCAGCGACGAAGAGCUGGACGUCGAAGUAUCGGCCCAACAGGAAGACGCCGCGUCGCCGCCUCCGGUUGAGAUCGCCUUCUCGGCGUCCGCGGGCGUGUUCGUCUAUCAGAUGGGCGUGGCCGCCUUCAUCCAGGACACGUUCGACCUGUCCAACUGCAGCUUCUCCGGCUGCUCGGGCGGCUCGUGGGCCGCGGCGCUGCUGGCGUCCGAGACGCCCGUCCGCGAGGCCUGGCGCGUGAUCAAAGAGACCCAGGCCAAAGUCAUCACGACGCCGAGAUGGUACUCGGGCUACGGGCGCUACGCCUCCAUCGUGGAGCAGACGCUGCUCGAACUCUGGCGGGACGACAAGGACAUCCACAAGCGCGUGGAGCAGCGCCGCCUGACCAUCGCGUUGACCAGGUUCCCGUCCAUGACGGCCGAGAAGCUCACGUCCUGGGAGAGCCUGGAGGACCUCACGCGCUCCAUCAUGGCCUCAUCGCUCGUGCCGUUCGCGCUCUCGGGCAAGCCGUGCAUCUCGCACCGCGGCCAAUGGUACGUCGACGGCGCCUUCACCAACUUCAAAGGAGUCGCCUGCGACGAGUACUCGACGUGGGCCGACCUCUCCUUCCACACGGCGCAGACGAUUCUCGACUACACGCGCUCGGCCUCGACUGCGAUCGCCAGGUACCUGAUCCCUGGCGCCUGGGGCAAGAACAUCGCUAAUAAGGUGUUCAACUCGAUGCCGAUGCUGACGAGCCCGCACGAAACCAUCGCCCCAACGUCCGAAGCGCAAGUGAAGCGGCUCAUCAUCAAGCCGUGGAAUUGGCGCUCGCAGUCAGUGGCGGCAUUUCACUUGUCGGUGGACGUGGCCACGCACGAGGAGCGCUUCGCCAUGGGAUACGAGGACGCCAAGCUGCAUUGCCACGAGCUGGCGGCCGUGCUCCCGCUCAAGAACGCACCCCCCCCACACACACACACGCAUUGUACACUUGCAUGUAAAGAAGUUAUCUAG